CAAUGUUUAACAGUACAACACUUAAAAACAAGUGCAGCUACAGUAUUUUUUUUCUUCAUUUCAGUGCACUUGAAUAGAUGUGUACAUGCAGUAUCACAAACUAAAGGAUCCCUUACUGUACAAUUGCUGUAAACCAGAGAGCAUAGAAAUCAGACCGCUUAUGUCCAGUUUCCACUGGAUUCGCCUUAACGAAGCUUACUUGCUCCCGAUAGAUUUGUUUGUAAAAUUAUCAUUUUAGCAUGGUUAUAAUUAUUAUAAUCAGAUGAUGGCCAUUUUUACACAGUUGUGAUAAUAAGACAAUCGUGUAUAUGCCAAACAAUACAAUUUGAUGCAUUUGUUGGAUGACAGAACUUGAUCUUCAACAAAAAUUAAUAAAAACAAUAUAUGUUGAAAGUAAUGAAAGUACCUGUGUGGAGUGUAGUCGGAAGUUUUAGUAUUGAUAUAAAAUCAUACUUGUCACAUGUUAACGUAAAUUAAAUAGAGGAUAUUCAAGUUUUUUCUAUAAAUACAUGAUUUAUUUUCAUCGAGUGGUAUGAAAAUAAAUAUUUCAUGAGUGGCGGUAGCCACGAGUGAAAUAUGGUAAUUUUCAUGCCACAAGAUGAAAAUAAAUCACGUAUUUAUAGAAAAAACUUGAAUUUUCUGUUUAUUAUAUACAUUUUUCUCUUUUUUGACAUUAAAAUUUGAAAGACUUUUCCUUAAAUUUUGUGUACUGGCAGAAUUUAAAAGAAAGUAGUCCGACAAGACACCAGUGAAAAUACGGAAAAUAUGUUUCACUGCAAUGAAAAUAAAUUUUACAGUGAAAAUACAGAAAAUGAAAAUACACAUUUUAUUUCAUCAAUAUUUCUUAAUAUUUCAUUUAUAAGUAUAUAAUAAAGCUGUAUACAAGUUUAUGUCAUGAUCACUUCUGUAAAAUUUUACUCCGACAUACAGUAGAAUAUUGUAAAUGUUUUAUCGUAAAUAUUAUAUUGUGCCGUGAGAAAAAAUGUGCAGCUAGGCCGACAGUCGAGCCCAGUACCAGAAUACCGUUUUGCAGCACUGCCGACUGAGCUUGAUGAUCGCUAUACACCUUGUCUCUCUACAAUAGUUUAGCUUUUGAUGAUGGAAAGGAGGUAACCUAUUUCGUAUUCAAGCCUUAUUGUGAUCAUAAUUAUAUUUCCUUAUCCACGAAGCUCACAUUGAAUUAGUCUAUAAUACAUUAUUUGUAAAUAUUUUUCUAUGCAUCAUACUAUGUAUAUAAUAUAACAGUUUUCUAUGCAUCAUACUAUGUAUAUAAUAUAACUUGAAAUGUGUUCAUGUUGUGCUGUUUAUUAGUACAGCAAUAUUUAGUGCUGUAAAUUGUCAUAUUCAUUGAUGUUUCAAAUAUGUUCAGCUUUAACUCAGGAAAAUUGUUGUAUCAUAAAUUCAGUGUGUGUAUUUUAGCAAAAUUGUUGUAUCAUAAAUUCAGUGUGUGUAUUUUAGCAAAAUUGUUGUAUCAUAAGUUCAGUGUGUAUAUUUUAGCAACAUUGUUGUAUCAUAAAUUCAGUGUGUAUAUUUUAGCAACAUUGUUGUAUCAUAAAUUCAGUGUGUAUAUUUUAGCAAAAUUGUUGUAUCAUAAAUUCAGUGUGUAUAUUUUAGCAAAAUUGUUGUAUCAUAAAUUCAGUGUGUAUAUUUUAGCAAAAUUGUUGUAUCAUAAAUUCAGUGUGUAUAUUUUAGCAAAAUUGUUGUAUCAUAAGUUCAGUGUGUAUAUUUUAGCAACAUUGUUGUAUCAUAAAUUCAGUGUGUAUAUUUUAGCAACAUUGUUGUAUCAUAAAUUCAGUGUGUAUAUUUUAGCAAAAUUGUUGUAUCAUAAAUUCAGUGUGUAUAUUUUAGCAAAAUUGUUGUAUCAUAAAUUCAGUGUGUAUACUUUAGCAAAAUUGUUGUAUCAUAAAUUCAGUGUGUAUAUCUUAGCAACAUUGUUGUAUCAUAAGUUCAGUGUGUGUAUCUUAGCAACAUUGUUGUAUCAUAAAUUCAGUGUGUGUAUUUUAGCAAAAUUGUUGUAUCAUAAAUUCAGUGUGUGUAUUUUAGCAAAAUUGUUGUAUCAUAAAUUCAGUGUGUAUAUUUUAGCAAAAUUGUUGUAUCAUAAAUUCAGUGUGUAUAUUUUAGCAAAAUUGUUGUAUCAUAAAUUCAGUGUGUAUACUUUAGCAAAAUUGUUGUAUCAUAAAUUCAGUGUGUAUAUCUUAGCAACAUUGUUGUAUCAUAAGUUCAGUGUGUAUGUUUUAGCAACAUUGUUGUAUCAUAAAUUCAGUGUGUGUAUUUUAGCAAAAUUGUUGUAUCAUAAAUUCAGUGUGUAUAUUUUAGCACUGUUGUAUCAUAAAUUCAGUGUGUGUAUUUUAGCAAAAUUGUUGUAUCAUAAAUUCAGAGUGUAUAUUUUUUAUUGUAAGAUUUGUCUUUAUCAGUUGAUUAAUAUGAGUAUUUUUCAAAGUUUAAUGUUUUAAAUGAAAAUAUUAUUGCAACAUAUCAAUUCAUGCCACAGCUAUCGCUAUGUCAUUAUUGAAUAAAUUCAGUAUGUAUGUAAUUCUGUUUUACUGGAGUUCAAGUUUUAGGUAUGCAUUUAUAAUUCAUAUUUAGUUAUAAAAAGUUUUGUAUGUAAGAAGAGCUGUUUGUAAGAAUAGCUUUAUGUCAAUCGACUUUAUAGUAUACUUUCAUUGUUAUUGUUAACCAUAAAAUAUGUCUACUCAGUAAAGCAAUGGCUAAUUUAGAUUGAGUCCUCUUUGGAUUUUUGCUCUGACUUUAGCAAACACAUAUAAAUUUUUUCAGUUGAAAUAACAGAAAUUUCAUAAUU